GCUGUCGGGGACUCAUAAACGGUGAUAAUAUCCACGGAACAGGCUGCGGGCAGGAGGAACAAAGAAAGAAAGCCGCCCGCUUGCGUGUUCAGCGACCUUUCACUUUUAUAACACGGACAAAUACCGACUUUGCUUCGUUUUUCCUCGGUAUUCGUCGCACUUUCCCCGAAGCGGUAAAUGUCACUCUGCGUGUUAAAUCUGAAGAGUCGCUUUCCCAAAGGAGAGGAGAAACUUGGCGUCGUGAGAGGUUCGCGCGGGUCGCUUUUCUCCAAAUCUUCCCUGGAUGCGUAUGGAAAUACUGGAGGCUUUGACUAUUGGAUCCACAACCUGUUAACCUGGUAGAUGCUUUUUUUUCUCAAGAUACUUGCAACUACAUGGACUAAGAGGUGUGCAGUUGGCCUGGUUGAAGAGUGUGUGUGUCGAACAGCUUUUUUCCACACAGGACACGCAGUGCUGCCAUCGCGCCCAUGAGGUAACAUCAGGACCCGCUGGGCCCUCAUUGCCACCCUUGGUCCAUCCUUUCUCCCUCCCCUCUGUCCCUUCCUUCCCUUUGACCCACUAAGCCAUGGGCCAGAAGAUCUCAGGCAGCAUCAAGUCAGUGGAUGUACGUGGGGAGCCCUCAUACCGGCCUGUGCGCCGCGAACUACGGGGCCCUGACUUCUGUCGGCCUCCGAGACUUGACUUACUGUUGGACAUGCCGCCAGCCAGCCCUGAGACACAACUUCGCCAUGCUUGGAACCCUGAUGACCGAUCGCUCAAUGUCUUUGUGAAGGAGGAUGACAAGCUCACUUUUCACCGACACCCAGUAGCACAAAGCACAGACUGCAUCCGAGGCAGAGUGGGCUACACCCGGGGCCUCCAUGUAUGGAGGAUUUACUGGCCGGCCAGACAAAGAGGCACCCAUGCUGUCGUUGGGGUGGCUACUGCAGAAGCGCCUUUACACUCAGUGGGCUACACAGCCCUGGUGGGCUCAGACUCUGAGUCCUGGGGCUGGGACCUGGGCCGGAAUAGACUCUACCAUGAUGGAAAGAAUAGGCCCAUUUCCACAUCAGCUCCCACUUAUCCCUGUUUCCUGGAACCAGACGAGUCGUUUGUGCUCCCAGACUGUCUGACAGUAAUUCUAGACAUGGACGAAGGGACACUGAGCUUCAUGGUGGACGGACAGUAUCUGGGAGUGGCUUUCAGGGGGCUAAAGGGCAAGAGGCUGUAUCCCAUCGUCAGUGCAGUGUGGGGGCACUGUGAAGUGACGAUUCGCUACAUAAGUGGACUAGAUCCGGAGCCCCUCCCGCUUAUGGAUCUGUGCAGACGAGUAGCUCGCCUCGCCCUGGGCAGAGAGCGCAUCCAUCACAUCGACAUGCUCCCACUGCCGCAGACUCUAAAGAACUACCUCCAGUACCAGUGAUGGCACACUGCAGACCCAGAGGGGCAAACAUUAGAGCCCAUUUCAUGAACUUCACCAAGGUCCUGCAACGUGGUUUGUUUACACUUUUUGGGGCUUUUCAGUUUUUUAGCUCCUGGUUUUAAGCUUUUUUAUGAUUAUUUUUUUUUUGCUGACUUCUUUCUAUCCGACAUACGUGAGGAGCUGAUGGAUGAAGAGUGUGAAGGGAUGUGAUUACCAUUCCCAGUCAAACCACACGUCUUCAGUUAGAAAGGCCUUACACGCUGUGGUUUUUACACGGAUUCUGUGGGAGCUUCCUCUGAAACAUGUUGGUAUUUAUGUUUAAAGUCCCAACAACACAGCAGGCUCUGUGGAGACGCAGCAAUCCCUGCAAGCUGCAGGAAAGACAGAAAGCACGAGAGGGAGAGUUCAGUUCUAUUUUUGUUGGUGUGUACACACUGCAGCACACACAGAUCACAUAUACAGUGUAUGACUGUGUCAUGCGUGUAUGAAAACAAAGCCCACACUGUCUGCAGAAAGAAGACGGACAUGCAGCCACCUUGAGGGAAGAAAAACUUCAUCUCCAGUCCGCUCUUCCCUCUCUGUCGAUACAUCUCCAGCACUUGCUCCCAUUUGAUUUAAGCCUCCAUCAGGCUGGUGAAGUGAAGGACGGAGCCGUCUUGCUCCUGUAAACGCUGAUAGAUUGAUCCAAAGGUGAAGCGGAGUCUUCGACUGCUAAUGUGCCUGAAGCAUACAGAAUCCAUUCAGAGCACACAGCAGCUCUAUCAUAUCACUGAUCACUUCUCUUCACUCCCACAAAAUUUAAAAUGCUGCUUUUCUAUCCAUCUCUUCCAAUGUCUUACUGUUAGUUUUUAUCCUUGAUUUACAUUUUAAAAUUUUAGUUUUCUUUUUGUUUUUCUUUUUGUUUUUUUUAAUUAAAGGAUUUUGUCUGCGGGAUGCGAUAUCUCGCAUGCAUAGUUUGAAGAAUGUGCUGCCAUGAAAAUCUUUUUAAAUGUGAAUAAAAAUAAACUCUGUUAAACUAA